AUGAUCGUCAACCCGGCGUUCGAUUCACAGACCAAGGAGACGUUGAACACCCGGGCGAGCGAGUUUGGCUCCACGUGCAAGCUACCGGACAGUUUCCUCCAGAAAGUCGCAAAAUCGGGUGUGAUCGACAGCAUCCUCUCCUUCGCAACCUUCAAGGCGAACAAGGAUAUGAAGAAGAGCGAUGGAAGCAAGAAGCAGCGGCUCACGGGAAUUUCGAAGCUGGACGAUGCGAAUGAUGCAGGUGGACGCAACUCCGAGCAGUGCACCUUGAUUCUUACGGAGGGGGACUCUGCAAAGGCUCUUGCGGUGAGCGGUCUAAGUGUUGUCGGUCGCGACAAGUAUGGAGUAUUCCCGCUGCGUGGGAAGCUCCUGAACGUCAGGGAUGCCCCUGCCAAGCAGUUAACAGAGAACGCAGAGAUCACCAACAUCAAGCAAAUCAUGGGGCUUCAGCAGGGAAAGCAUUACGACAGCACCAAAUCCCUACGAUAUGGCCAUCUGAUGAUCAUGACCGAUCAGGACCAUGAUGGAUCGCAUAUUAAGGGCCUCCUCAUCAACUUCCUCCACGCCUUUUGGCCGUCACUCCUGAAGCAGCCCAACUUCCUUCUGGAGUUCAUCACACCCAUCGUCAAGGCUACUGGGCCCCGUGGAAAGGUCAUUUCCUUCUACACGAUACCCGAGUACGAGUCAUGGAAAGAAUCCCUUGGAGGAAGUACCAAAGGAUGGUCCAUCAAGUACUAUAAGGGUCUGGGAACAAGCACACCGAAGGAAGCCAAGGAGUACUUUGCAGCCCUUGAUCAGCACCGGAAGAGCUUUGAGUGGACGGGAGAAGAGGAUGGCGAAAGCAUUGAGAUGGCGUUUAGCAAAAAGAAGGUGGAGGACAGGAAGACCUGGCUGCGAAAUGUGGAGCCUGGGACUUUCCUGGAUCAAAGUGCCAAGACGAUCACCUACAGCGACUUUGUCAACAAGGAGUUGGUCCUGUUCUCCAUUGCGGACAACCUGCGAUCCAUUCCAUCUGUCAUGGAUGGCCUCAAGCCUGGCCAGAGAAAGAUCCUCUUCAGUUGCUUUAAGAGGAAGCUGAAGAGUGACGUGAAGGGGACUGUCGAACACAACAGCAACAAAGACGGCCGGAACUACAUCGUGACUGGAACCAUCAACAAGGUCAGCGACACCGUUCUGGAGAUCACGGAGCUGCCCAUCCGGACCUGGACGCAGAACUACAAAGAGUACCUGGAGGGGAUGAUGGUGGUAAACGACAAGAACAAGGAGCCAUUCAUUAAGGAUAUUCAACUGGAGCAACUUCGAAAUGAGCUCAUCAAGCUGGACAACAGAGUGAGGUUCAUCCUUGCAGUUGUGCGUGGAGAGAUCAUCGUCAGCAACAGGAAGAAGGCGGAGCUUCUGGCUGAACUCAAGGAGAAGAAGUUCGCAACCUUGCCAAAAGGCAAGGUCAGCUCGAGCGGUGGUUCAUCCACAGCCGCAGAUGAGGAGGGUGACGAUGAGGGGGAGGAGUCGGGUGAAGAGGAAGGGGGCUCGAAGGCUAAGAAGGGGGGCGAUGGUGGCUAUGACUAUCUCCUUGGCAUGCCACUGUGGAGUUUAACCCUGGAGAGGGUUCAAGAGCUGCUGAGGGAUCAGAAGAAGAACCAAGACGACCACGAUGCUCUGUUGAAGACGGAGCCCAAGGACCUCUGGGAAAGCGAUCUGGACUUGUUCCUUGAAGAACUUGAGGUUGCGGAGGAGGAGGCGGCUCAGGAUAAGGCCAAGGAGGUGGCAGGCAAGCCUACCAAGGGGAAGGGUCGUGUUGCCAAGGCUGUGGCUGCGAAGCCGAAAAAGGCACAGAAGAAGGCUCAGGUCUUCAGUGAUGAGGAGAUGGACUUCAUUUCAGACUCAGAUGAUGACUUCAUGGAAGAUGCCAAGGUUAAGCGAGGAAAGGGGGCUGCUUCUGCUGCAGCAAAGCCGACAGUUGUGGCUGCUACAGCAAAACCACAGGCGCCUGUGCCUCUUGUUCAGGUGGAGGAACCAGCUCUUGGUGAUCAGUUUGAGUACUUUGAUGAGGUGGAUAUCAAGUCUCCAGUGAAGGAGCCUGUGAGCAAGGUGCAAAGAAUGCGCCCAUCCCCCUUCAGCAAGAAAAGUGGUCAGCCGGCAGCUGCAGCAGCAGAACGUCGUACCCAUCUCUCUCGUGGGGCUCAGAAGAAGCAGGCUGUGGUGCUCAGUGAUGACAGCGACGAGAGUGAGGAGGAGAGCGAGGAUGAUUUCCAGGACUUCAGCGAGGAGGAGUACUAG